UUCCCUAAUGAGCGCAUGCGAUGCGAUGCGCGGCGGGUGAACCCUGCCAAGUCUCGUCUCAUCAACCAAUCGGGAGGGUCGGUGGUCGCGGAAUUGUCACGUCGGCCUCUGUCAGUUCUCCAGAGCUCCCCACCUCUUUCCUUCCUUAUCCCUCUCCCCCACCUUUUGCUUUUCCUAUAAACUUCCCUAUCUCUCGUCAAGGCCGACAAUGCCAUCCCUCAUGGAGCUGCUGCCUUUGGCUGUGGCGUUCGCUGCCGUAAUCGGCGGCUUUCUCUGGUACAGCAGCAACAGCGGUGGGAGCCGCAAGGUGCUAAAGCCGACUGAGUUCCAAGAAUUCAAGCUUUCAGAGAAGACAGUCCUCUCGCAUAACACCGCCAUCUACCGCCUCGAACUUCCACGCCCUACCGACAUCCUUGGCCUCCCCAUUGGCCAGCACAUUUCUCUUGCCGCUACUAUCGAGGGUCAGCCGAAAGAAGUUGUACGCUCAUACACACCCAUCACAUCCGACGAAGACAAGGGCCAUGUCGACCUCCUCAUCAAGUCAUACCCCACCGGUAACAUCUCCAAGCACGUCGCGGGCUUGAAGAUCGGAGACACAAUCAAAGUCAAGGGCCCCAAGGGCGCCAUGGUCUACACACCCAACAUGGUCAGGCACUUCGGUAUGAUUGCUGGUGGUACUGGUAUUACGCCUAUGCUACAAGUCGCCAAGGCUAUCAUGCGUGGACGCUCUACAGGUGACAAGACAGCCGUCGACCUCAUUUUCGCCAACGUCAACCCCGAAGACAUCCUACUCAAGGACGAGCUUGACGCGCUAGCGGCCAAGGAUCCCAAGUUCAAUGUCCACUACGUUCUGAACAACCCACCCGAGAACUGGACUGGUGGUACUGGCUUCGUCACUGCCGAUAUGAUCAAGGAGAAGCUGCCAGCACCUGCCAACGACGUUAAGAUCCUCAUUUGUGGACCACCUCCUAUGGUCGCGGCCAUGAAGAAGGCGACUGAGAGUCUGGGCUACGCCAAGGCAAGGCCAGUCAGCAAGCUGGAAGACCAGGUCUUCUGCUUCUAGACGUCUGGGUUGUAACGUCGACAAAAGUAUAAUGUAGGAUUCUACAUACCCACGAAUUGAUGCUGGAACAAUAUACCAAAUUAUACUUCGAACAGGCCUCGUGUUUGAAAUUGCUGCAAGUCCGAUGCUUUGUAGAGAUAGCCGUCUGCCGCGUCGGCUAUGCUGAUAGGAUUACAAAACGUUGCCUCAGGCAAGUACGGUGGCCUUCGUAAGAUAUGCAGUAUACGCUGAUGCCUGGGACCUAUCCGCUUGAUCACACAGAUCUCGUACCACUACUAUAGUUUGACCGGUCGUUCACAGAAGAUCGCUGUGGUGAAGUAGAAAAGCAAUUCACCAA